GAACAAAGCGAUUUCAGAAACUAUCCUAGCGAGAGAACAUGCAGGAAGAGCGGCGACCGGGAUGAGCACGUGAGCGGGACCAUUAUAAUCUGCGUUUUCCUUUCCUGUCUACUCUUUCCACCGCUUGCCAGAUACAAAUGCACCCAAAAGAAAGCAUUCCUGAGUCCUGACAUUUUCUUGGGUUAUGGGUAUCAGCAGUAGCGGAUCCAGGAUAAGAAACAAAAAAUAAAAAUCAUCAGAAAGAAUGGCAGAGGAAGAGAGAAAAGGAAGAACGUAAGAUAAAUAGAAGCUGCAAAAAGCCAUCACGUCUAUACGAUACAAUCCCUCACUCAUACAUUACAUUCCCUCACUCCCUCACUCCCUGUAAACACGUGACACUCCCUCACUCCUCAUACCUGACACUCACUCACUCCCUCACUCCCCGUAAACACGUGACACUCCCUCACUCCUCAUACGUGACACUCCUACAUUUCCCCCACUCUUCAUACCUGACACUCCCUAACUCCCUCAUUCCUUGCAAACUCGCCUCAUACCUGACACUCCCUCACUCCCUAUAAACACGUGGCAAUCCGUAUAAAAGAUGGCGUUCGUGGAGGACCCAGGAAUGACGGAUUUUAUGGGAUUCGAUCUGACCAAGCUCAAAGUAGACCAAGCGUACCUGAAGGUGGACUCCGCGGCCGAAGAGGAUCUGACUCUGUACAGCCUCAGCCACGCCUGCUACGAGUGUCCACUCCAGCCCCUUCUGACAGUGAAGAGCAACAGUGACAACUCCACAGCUCUCUCCACUCACCACCCCUGGACUUUUAUGCUCUCGGACUCCACUCAACCCUUCCUUGCUCCUAACACGUCUGGUCUGUGCAGGAUACAUGGCGCCAACCUGGGAGAAUUUGGUGUGUAUGUUCUGAACUUGACAGCUGAUGGAAACUGUACCUUCGAGAACCCCAAGAGUCCUGUGUUUGAGUAUGGCGCCAUCGUCAUCUCCAUCGCUGUUUACAUUGGGGUGGCCAUCCUGGGGGCCGGCCUCCUCUACCUGUAUCACCGCCUCACCAAACACCUGGACAGCAACAAGGCCUCAGAAACACAGGUCCAGGGGCUGCAGCUGGCAUCCACACCAGAGGCAGGGGCAUCCUCUGCCACUGAUAAAGCACCCACCAAGCCCCCAGCCAAACCAAGACUCAAAUCCCUUGACACUUUUAGAGGAAUCAGCAUCGUCAUCAUGAUCUUCGUCAACUAUGGUGCCGGGAGUUACUGGUUCCUGGAACACGCCACCUGGCACGGACUCCAGCUGGCUGACCUUGUGUUCCCCUGGUUCAUGUGGAUCAUGGGCGUGUGUAUUCCGAUGGGCUUGUCGUCAGCUCUCCGCCGCAACACUCCACGCCACAAGAUUCUUUUCCGCAUUGUCGAGCGUUCCCUCAAGCUGUUCUUCCUGGGCAUCAUUCUCAACUCCCUGGGUGGCUGGAACAACUUAGCCACCUACAGAGUGCCUGGCGUGCUGCAGCGGUUUGCCAUCUGCUACCUGGUCACCUCCUCUGUAGCUCUUGCCUUCACACCAGACCAGCCUAAACAGUACCAGACUGACAUUGGGAUAGCCCUGAGUGACAUCCUGCACCUCCUCCCUCAAUGGGCUGUUCAUCUGGCCAUCCUCGCCAUCCACACACUCAUUACCUUCCUCCUGCCUGUGCCCGGAUGCCCAACGGGGUACCAGGGGCCGGGGGGUGUGGCACUGUUCCAGAAUAACACCCCCUCCUCUCACUGCAUUGGGGGGGCGGCAGGGGAGGUGGACCGCUGGCUGCUCACCACCAACCACAUCUACCAGAACCCCACCGCUAAGUUUGUGUACACCUCAGCUGCCUUCGAUCCUGAGGGAGUGUUGGGCUCCCUCACCUCCAUCUUCCAAGUGUUCCUGGGGCUGCAGGCCGGCAUCAUCCUGCAGUUCCACAAGAGCCACAAGAGCCGGCUGGUGCGCUGGCUGGUGUGGGGUGCAGUGCUAGGGGCCCUCGGUGCUGGCCUCUGUGGUGCCUCCAUGAACAAUGGUGUUAUCCCUGUCAACAAGAACUUAUGGUCGAUGUCUUAUGUGUUUGUGACAUCCUGUUUUGCCUUCUUCCUGCUGUCCUUCUGCUACGUGCUGGUGGACAUCAUGGGGGUCUGGUCUGGCACACCCUUCUUCCAGGCUGGAAUGAACAGCAUCUUCCUGUACGUGGGGCACAAUGUCACCUUUGAGAUGUUCCCGUGGCACUACCAGGUGGGCCUCAUGAACACCCACCUCAGCCUGCUGGUGGAGACGCUCUGGGGCACCACUCUCUGGGUCAUCACUGGCCUCUAUCUUCACCAUAAGGGAAAGUUCUACACUGUGUAAGCCAGGAGAACUUUGAGCUUUGUCGAGAGGAACUACACAAAUUUUUUUUUCAGUUUUGGGUGUUCUGUGAUGUUAAAUGUUACAAAAGUUCAAUGAUGUUACCUCCAUCACAAUUAAGAGAAAGUUCUACAAUGAGUAAGCCGGGAGAACUUAACCAGAACUUUGUUGAGAGGAACUUAUGAGAAUCUGUCCAGUUCUAGGUGUUCUGUGACGUUGUUAAAUGUUACAAAGAUGCAUUUAUGUUACCGCCACCACAAGGCAAAAUUCUACACUGUGUAAGGUGGCAGAACUUUGAACUUUGUCGAGAGCUGUCAAAAUUCUGUUAGGUUUUGUGUGAUUUGUGAUGCUGUUAAAUGUUACAUAAGAUUCAAUGAUAUUACUGCCACCACAAUUAAGGCAAAGUUCUGCACUGACUAAGCCGGGAGAACUUAAUCAGAACUUUGUUGAGAAGAACUGGUGAGAUUCUGCUUAUUUUUGUGUUCUGUGAGACUGUUAACUGUUACAAAGAUUCUAUAAUGUUCUAUAGUACUGUGUAAGGUGGCAGAACUUCACUAGAAAUUGUUGAGAGGAACUGCCAAAAUUCAGUUCAAUUUUGUGUGUUCUGUGAGGUUGUUAAAUGUUAGAAAGAUUGAGUGAUGUUACCGCCACUGCAAGGCAAAGUUCUAUACUGUAUAAGGUGGAAGAACUUAACCAGAACCUUGUCGAGGGGAACUGGUGAGAAUCUGGGCACUUUUGGAUGUUCUGUGAUGCUGUUAAACAUUUCAAAGAUUCAGUGAUGUGACUAACUGCAUCACAACUUUUGUGUUUUGAGCCAAACUUUCGAGAUUCUAUUUAGUUUUAUGUAUUCUGUGAUGCUGUUAACUGCUGCAUAGAUUCAAUGAUGUAACCAACUUGAUAGGAACUUUUGUGCCUUGUGUCGAGAGGAGCUGGCAACUAUAUGUUCAAACUAGUGUAUUUUUUAUGUUAUUCUUCACUCAUGUUCAUUUCUGUUCAGUUUUGAUGGUUUUAACUCUUACAAAGAUUCAGUGAUGUGACUAACUGGAUCAGAACUUUUUUGUCUUGCAUCGAACCAGCGAGAAUCUAUUCAAAUUUCUGUCUUUUUGAUGUUAUUCUUCACUCCUGUUCACUGCUGUUCAGUUUUGAGUGUUCUGUGAUGCUGCUUCUGUGAUUCUGUUACAUAAGAUUCAAUAACAUGACUUGUGUCGAGGGGAACUGUGAAGAACUGUCCAAAUUAGUGUCUUUUAAUAUUAUUUUUCAUUCCUGUUCACUUUUGUUCAGUUUUUGGUGUUCUGUGAGGCUGUGAACCAUUACAUAUGUUCAAUGAUGUGACUAACUUGAUAGGAACUUUGUCUUAAUGUGUCAAACCAGCGAAAUUCUGUUCAAAUUGGUGUUUUUUAAAUUUUUUUAUUCUUCACUCCUGUUCACUUCUGUCCAGUUUUUGGUGUUCUGUGAGGCUGUCAACUAUUACAAAGAUUCAGUGAUGUGACUAACUGGAUGGGAACUUUGUGUCUUUUGUUGAACGAGCGAGUGUUCAAAUUUGUCUUUUUGAUGUUACUCUUCACUCCUGUAGAUUCAAUGUCAGUGGCUGGGCUGUUCCUCCACCACAAGGGAAAACUCUGCAAUGUAAGUCUAGCAAACUGAAUCAAAACUGUCACAAACUGGAGGGAAAGUGAAGUGAAUGCUGUCUUGUUUAAGUCUUGCAUGUUUUUUUUUUUUUUAUGCAAGAGGGGAAGCUGGCCAAGGGCAACAAAAAAAGAAAAAAAGAAUAAAAAAGGCCCACUUGAUU